UUCGAUGUGGCCUAAUGGGGCACUUGUAUUGUCGGGCCCAAGCCAGGCCCACGUGUGUCGCCGGCCUUGAUUUAGAGAGCGCGGGUUGCAUGGAUCUGUAUUCAGGACAGGGCCGGGCAGGAGAGGAGAGGGAGCCCCGGCCACAGUCGCCGUGUUUCCUUCCUCCUCGGUUUACGGCGGGGUGUCGAAGGCAGUGAGGAAGACGGAAGUCAGGCGGCGCUGAGGACGGGGAUUCCCCGCCGGGAACUUCCGAACUCUCCGCCUCGAGCGCAGCGCCGGGCCGCAGCCAAUGAGCGGAGCGGGUACAAACCAAUAACGGCCGAGGGAGCGGCGCGAGCGGGGCGCAGGGGCUUCGGUUUGAUCGGUGAGUGUGGCUCAGGGAGCGGUUACUCGGAGCCCCGGGCCUCAGGGUGGCCGUCACUGCAAUUCCAGGAUUGAUGGAUGUGCUGUUACUGGUUAGGCCAGCAUUUGUUGUUUAUUCAUCAUUCCCCUUGAGAAAGCAGUGGUGAACCACCUUCUUGAACCACUGAAGAUCAUGAGAUAGAUGCACCCAUAAUGCUGCUAGGAAGAGAGUUCUGGGAUUUUUGAGCCAAUGGCAGUAAAAGAAUGGCAAAAUACUGAAUCGGAAUGAUAUUUUGUGUUCGUAAUAUUGAUUUAGUAAAUAUGGAUAAAAAUAAUCUCGGAGAGCAGCUCAACAGAGCAUUUGAAGCUUAUCGUCAGGCAUGCAUGGAGAGAGACAACAUCAAAAAAGUAUCAGAACAAAAGAUUUACGAGUUAGAGCAAGAACUGGCAAUAAAAGAUCAAACCAUUACAAAAUUACAAUUGCAGUCUGCUUCUGCCACCCCCAGAGGCAACAUUCCUGGACAAGCUCAGUGUCUGAACCCUUGGCCACAGAGUGACUUGCUGACAGUGAGAAGAAAUGAGGCACAACACCUAGUAACAUGUGAUUCACCAAAUGAAUUGCUAGUAGCAUUAGAAAGGGAAAGACACUGCAAGGAAAGGUUAACAACUGAAAAUAGUAGGUUGGAAGAACAGAUAAAAGAUUAUCAGCAAAAGCUAAAAGAACUUAAAAAAAGCAUUGAAGAAAAAGAUGAAGAAUUCAGACAACUGAGAAAUGAAUUAAUAGAGCACACUGACUUCUUCAGUCAUGGUAAACAGCUCUACUGUAAACCAGAGUCAAAGGUAAACCGAAAGAUGGCUGAAUCAUCAUCAAAGACUGCUGUUCCUCUGACAGGGACUGAUCAUCCUCUGUACAAAGAGAGGUUGGACUUUGCUUUUCAGGAGAUUUGUCAAGAAUUUAAACAACUAUCUGCCUUAACAAAGAAACAAACGGAACUUCUGAGUAAAUAUAACUACAGCAAAGAAGUGAUAAAUAUGCCAUUCUCAAUGCCUAUACAGUGUACAGACGAAGGAGAGCAAGAACAUGUAGAAGAACAUUUUGUUGGCAAGGACAAAAGUGUAUCUAAAAGCUCUGCUGUGUACAGAAUACAACAGAAACAUCUUCAAGUAGUUGAGUCUCUGUCUGAACUAGAUAUCAGAUUCCCGCCUUCUGAUAAUGACUAUGAUUUCCUAAACAGUGCACCAGAAAAACCAAGACCAAAAACUGCUUUUGAAGAUCCCAUACGUAAAGUUGAUGAAGCGCUUAUGCAAGGUGAUAUCCAGGACUUGAAAGAUAAGAAUAGGGAAGAAUGCACUUUAUUUGAAACAUUUCCUGUGGGACCAACUAAUAAGACAAAACCCAACCCUUUUGGUGAUGAGCAAGGAAAGAUUGCAAACAUUAAUACUUCUGUAGGUACUGCAGUUGAUAACAGCACAUUGAGAAGUCCUCCAAGCCCCUCAUUUCUUCAACCUUCUAAGUCUUUUCCAAAUGCUGAAUCUCAUCAAAUGAUUUCAACAGAACCAACAGUGAUCAGAGGUCCGCAACAUCCUGUGUGGUAUCCAUACCACAAUAAAGAGGGUGAAUUACUGCAUCAAGCAUCCAAAGACUCUGACCCGGACCUAAACUCCAAAACCUGUGAAUUCUGUCAGGAAGUCUUCCCAGCAGGCACCAAAGCUAAGGAAGACUUCCUCAGGCAUCUUAAUUCACACUUUAUUGCUAAAAAUGGAUUUUAAUGCUUGUACAUUUCCACAGUGAGAUGAAUCAUAAAAUUCCCUACAGUGUAGAAGCAGGUCAUUCGGUCUGUCAAGUCCAACCCUCUGCAGAUUGUCCCAUCCUGCACAGAGUAUCCCAUUCAGACCCACCCUAGCCCUGUAAAUCUGCAUUUUCCAUGGCUUGUCUGCAUGUCCCUGGACACUGUGGGCAGUUUAGUAUGGCCAAGCCAUCUAACGUGCACAUCUUUGGACUGUGGGAGGAAACCGGAGCACCCAGAGGAAACCUACACAGAUACUGAGUGAAUGUGCAAACUCCACACAGACAGUCACCUGAGACUGGAAGCGAUCCUGGGACCCUGGCACUGUGAGGAAGUAGUGCUAACCACUGAGCCUCUAUGCCACCCCUGAAGGAGCCUGCCAUAUGAACCUAACAUGAUUUGAAGAUAGCAGUUGUUUGUGUGAAAUUGUAAUUAUCAAAAGGAUGUUUGUAAAGGCUAAAACAAUAACAUUUUUUGUUAAAUAUGUUCAGUUGUUUACAAAGCAUAUCGAGUUAAUAAUCGUUUUCAGCAUAUGUACUAAUGAAAGUUAAUUUGAAGCCAAUAAUCCUAUUGUAAGAGGACCAUUGUGUAAACUGGAAUUUUAUAUUUUCUAAUUGCAGUAUUAAAAAUGAACAGAUCAGUGGAAUUCUAGUAUUUAAAAGCCAAUGGAUUGGAUAGAGUCAUUGUUAUAAACACUGCAAUUGUGUUACACUUAUUCUGAAGAAUUGUGUAAGGUUGCAUCUUUCUUUGAUUUUACAUGUGCUACGAUUUCUGGUAACUUUUUAUAUUUUUUCACCUAGUAUCAACACCAAAACAUAUCAUUAUUCCAGUUGAAGGUUUGGAGCACCAAGUCAUGCUCACAUGUUUUUUUGUGCUUCAAAUUUCCCAACAAAUAAGAAUUAAUCUUUUUAGUAUUUCCAAAUACCUAUAAUAUUUUAAGAUAAUAAUAUGAUUUGUUUAAAAUGUGACUAAUUUUCCUCCAGAAAAAGCAUUCAGACUGAGAUGCAAAAAUAUGUAAUCUAACCCACAUUGGUCUCUUAAUUUUUUAUAUUGUGCAAUUUUUACUGUUCGUUGGAUUUUUUUGUGGACUUAAAGUUGGAUUCUUCAUUAGCAAUCAGUUUUAAUUCCUUGACUACUAUGAAAAUGUUGUCAGCUUAAUAUCCUGUCUAUGUUCAUUGGAAUCAUAUAGGCUAUCUCCAUGUAGGUUAUCUCAGUUGUUAAUCUGGUUGCAGACAAAUGUGUUCUAUUCUUCUUGUGUAUAAUUACUUUCACGUGUUGCAAAGUCAUCUUUUAACAGUAAGAAAUCAAGAAAGU